CGGGGCGCCCGCAAAACUCUUCAAUCCAAGAAUAGGUGUCGCCUCAGUUUUCACUUAUGAAUCCAUCGGAUGGAUCAGAGUAGAGCUGGAAGGCUUGAGGACACCCCAAACCCGAGGAGCGACCCUGAGUGUGGGCAAGACAGUGAUGUAGUGGUCCGAGCGGGCUGGGAUCCGGUGCUGACCGCAGACCGCCGGGCACUCCAGAACCUAAGGGCCCUGGAGAAAGCCUGUCCUGUGCACCGCUACUUUGGCAGCGUUCAGACUGACAUACAGCCAUAUAUGAGGAGAGUAGUGGCUGUCUGGAUGUUUCAAGUGUGUGAGGAGCAGAAAUGUGAAGAAGAGGUUUUUCCAUUAGCGGUGCAUUACAUGGACAGAUACCUUAGUCUUUUUCCCGUCAAAAGGUCCUACCUUCAGCUUUUGGGAGCUGUGUGCAUGUUCAUGGCAUCCAAGAUGAGAGAGACUGUCUCCCUAACAGCCAGCAAGCUAUGCAUCUACACUGACAACUCCGUGUCUAUCUCAGACAUCCUGCACUGGGAGGCGGCUGUGGUGUCCCGUUUAGACUGGGCUUUGGCCUCAGUUGUGCCCUCUGACUUCUUGGAACCAAUUCUUCUUACUCUUCCCUUUGUUCAAUCCCAUCAUCUUCCCAACGUGCGCCGACAUGUCCACUCCUACAUCUCCCUGGCAGCUAUUGACUGCAUGUUUUUAGAUUUCUUGCCAUCUACAAUUGCCUGUGCUUGUGUGACUGCUGCCAUGGAGAAGCUCUUGCUGCUGGACAGUGGUGUCUCUUCUGAAGUUGUGAUGAAAUCUUUGAGCACUUUGACUUCUGAUCUUGACUCAGUCAUCGCCUGUUUUGACCAGCUGAAGUGUAUCUUAAACCAUUGCCUGCCCACUGGUGUUGAAGCAAAUGUCAAAGUAUCUGCACUCAUCCCAGAGAUCAAAUGUACUCCACCUGAAACAGAGAACCAAAAAUCUAAACCAGAAUAUUAACUGGAUCAUACUUUAGUGACUGCCAUAAAGACAUGGUUGUGUGUAAUCAGUUUGCACAUUUGUUCUUAGCACUUUUGACACAUUUUAUAUUGCCUUAUAUUAAUUACUCUACUUGUGUUGUUUUAUUAUCUUGUUGCUAUAUCCUUUGAAGUCAACCUGCCUUUUAGUCUCAUGAUAUUUAAAU